AUGGGGACAAGGUUUUGGGCAUACUGUGGGACUGCAGUGGUAAUGUUGUCCAUUUUGGUGCCAGAGGGUUGGGCUCAAGACAGAACCUGCCUGAACCAGCUUCUUCCCUGCCUGAACUACCUAAAUGGGAGCAGUAGAGGUAGAGAAGACCCCCCAGAUAGUUGUUGUGAUCCCUUGAAAUCGGUGAUCAAGCAGAAGCCAGAAUGCUUAUGCAGUAUGAUUAGCAUCAAGGGCACCAACGAAGCUGAGCAGGCGGGCAUCAACGUAACCAAGGCCCAGGAAUUACCUGGCAGAUGCGGACAACAUGUUAACCCCAUUGGCUGCCUCAGAGGUGCAGUACCACCCAAUUCCAAGAACUCAGUUCCAAACUCUGCAAGCUACUUGUUCCAAUGUUCAACCAUGAUAAUGAUGGCUUUUGUGACAACAUCCAUGAUCGUUCAGGUUCUGUGGGAGUUGGAUAGAGCACAUCCUACAUCGUCCUUUUGUCUCUGACUUGGUUUUUAUCUUGCGUACUGCAUGCAUGGUUCCUUCACUAAAACUCUGUUGUGGUUCUUUCUAACUGCACGUUUUCAGAAAGUCACAAGUAGCUAGUACUCCCAGGUCCCACCCCAUUUUCACGCGACAGACAAACACACAUGAUCGAUCAUUUAUCCGAUGUAUUAAUUGUGCAUGCCAUAGCCAUAUUGAUCCAACAACUUAUCAAGGAGGAAAGUAGAGAGUGCAGGGCUGAGGGCAUCAUCUUAUUCUUGCAUAUUCUUGCAUAUAGAGUGCAGGGCUGAAGUGUUUAUAGUGGUGGCAAUGUUUCGUGGGAU